AUGUGUAGACUAUUGUGUUUGGCGAUAUUACCUUUACUAUUAAGUCAGUAUGUGGAUGCGGCUGCUGUGAUUUCCAUUGAUUUCGGAUCAGAAUGGAUGAAAGUUGGUAUCGUGUCACCUGGAGUUCCUAUGGAGAUAGUGCUGAAUAAGGAGUCAAAGAGAAAAACACCAGCUGUGGUCGCAUUUAGAGAUGAUGUGAGGACAUUUGGGGAAGAUGCUGUGACAGUGGGUGUUCGGUUUCCAAAGAAUGCUUACAAAUACUUAUUGGAUUUACUUGGAAAGCCAUAUGACCAUCCGCUGGUGCAAGCGUACAAAGAAAGAUUUCCAUAUUAUGAAAUAGCACCAACAGACAGAGGCACACCAGAGUUUAUACACGGAGAUAACAUUAAAUACACACCUGAAGAGCUCGUAGCUCAGCUUCUAGCUAAGGCUAAGGAAUUUGCUGAAAUUAGUCAUGGUCAACAAAUUACUGAAUGUGUAAUCACCAUACCUGGAUAUUUCAACCAAGCUGAGAGAAAAGCAAUGAAAGAGGCUGCAUCUCUUGCUGGUCUGAAUGUGUUGCAACUGAUUAACGAUUAUACAGCAAUUGCAAUCAACUAUGGCAUAUUUAGAAGGAAGGAAAUCAAUGAAACGGCUUGGCAUGCUUUGUUCUUCGAUAUGGGUGCAGCAUCCACUAAGGCUGCUCUUGUUGAAUACAAAACUGUUAAAAUAAAGGAGAAGGGCUAUGUUGAAACAGUACCUCAAUUGCAGGUCAUCGGUGUUGGUUAUGACAGAACUCUAGGAGGUUUAGAAAUGACAUUUAGGUUACGGGAGCAUCUUAUUAAGGCUUGGGAGGCUAACGGAGGCGGGGACGUCAGGGCUUCACCUCGGGCUAUGGAGAAACUGUUGAGAGAAGCAGAGAGAUUGAAAAUUGUACUUUCAGCUAACUCAGAACACUAUGCACAGAUUGAGAGCUUGUUGGAUGACAAGGACUUUAAACAUUUGGUGACUAGAGCUGACUUCGAAGCCCUUUGCUCCGACCUGUGGCCUCGAGUGUCUGGUGUGAUACAGCGAGCGGUAGCCGCGGCUGCCGGGUCUGGUAGUGGAGCCCGACUUAUUGUAGCCGGGGGUGCUUCUAGAGUGCCCGCUGUACAGGAGGUGUUGAGAACCGCAGUGGGUCUUGAGCCUUCAAGGUCUAUCAAUGCUGACGAGGCGGCUACGCUUGGUGCUGUGUACAGAGCGGCAUCACUUGCGACGGGUUACAAGGUAGCUGCCUUAAACGUACGCGACGCUGUGAUCCUUCCCAUUCAAGUUGUAUUCACACGACACGUCGAUGGCAAUGAGAAACUGAUCAAGAGAACCCUUUUCGGUCCGAUGAAUCCCUACCCACAGAAAAAGGUGAUAACCUUCAACAAACAUACUGGUGAUUUUAGUUUUAAUGUAAAUUAUGCUGAAUUAGAUCAUAUACCUUCAAAUGAACUGAAAAGUAUUGGAACGUUUAAUCUAACCCAUGUUGUACUUAGUGGCGUCAGCGAGGCUCUAGCAAAGAAUUCAGGAGAAAAUAUCGAACACAAAGGUAUUAAGGCACAUUUCAAUUUAGAUGAUUCAGGUAUUUUGAACUUGGUCAACGUAGAGUUUGUUGCUGAAAAAACUGUAACUGAGGAAGAUGAUAAAGAUAGCACUUUGUCUAAAAUUGGUAGCACUAUCAGUAAAUUGUUUGGAUCUGACUCUGAAAUACCGGAAAAAGCUGAAGUUAAGCCAGAUGAACAAACACAGGAAGCAGAAAAGAAUGAUACUGUUAAAGCAAAUGAAACAUCAACUGAUAAACAGAAUGCUACAGAAACUGAAACGAAGCCCAAACCUAAGAUUAUUGUGUUGAAAGAACCCAUUAAAACAGAGGAACAAAUCUUAAAUAUAGAACCUUUAUCUCCUGAAGAAUUUAAGUUGUCAAAAGCGAAGAUCACAGAGUUGAAUAACAUCGAUAAAAAGCGAGUGGAAAGGGAAACAGCUCUAAAUAACUUGGAAGCAUUUGUUGUUGAUGCUCAAAUGAAAAUUGACAUGGAAGAAUAUGCGGAAUGUGGCACUCCUGAACAAAUAGAGGAAAUAAAAAAAAUUUGCUCUGAAACCUCUGAAUGGCUCUACGAAGAUGGAUACGAAGCGCCAACCGAAAUGUACGAAGAGAAAUUGUCAUUACUUAAAGAAAAGACUAAUCCCAUCUGGUAUAAACAUUGGGAACAUAGAGAGAGGCCGGAUGCGGUGGCCGCUAUGCGUAAUCUGAUAAAGAGUGCAACAGAAUUCCUUAAAACAGCCAAGAACUAUACUAAAGAAGUAAAUUCUGAAAGGGAUGUAUUUACUGAUGUAGAAAUAACAGUUCUUGAGAAAAAAAUCGAGGAAACAGAAUCAUGGCUUGAAAAAUCCAUUGAAGAGCAGAAUUCAUUGAAAAAGAAUGAAGAUAUUAAGUUGACUGUUGAUAGCAUUCGAGAGAAAAUGAGUAAUUUGGACAGGGAAGUGAAGUACCUGUUGAACAAAAUGAAAAUAUGGAAGCCCAAAAAGCCGGCUAAGAAGGACAGUGAUAACAAAACUGAGACCGUUGUAAAUGCUGGAGAGGAAGGAUCAAACGGCGAAGCGGAUAAACCUGAAGAAAAUGGUGAAUCAGAGAAAGUUGAGGAAAAUCAAGAAGAGAAACCAGUGACAGAAGCAAAAUCUGAAGAUGAUUCCGGUGGGGAAGAAACGGAAAUACCCCAAAUAAGUGAAGAAACUGUUGAACAUUCCGAAUUAUAAUAGUGAUGUUUUGAAUAAGUUAAUUUAUUUACUUUAAUUUAUUUUUUACUUUGAAACCUAGGUGUGGUGUGUUCCCUUUUUGUACUGAAUUUACCUGAAGCACAAUUUUUAGUAUACACUGAUACUCUCGUCGUAGCUUAUUGAAUUUAUUAAACUAUAACAUAACAAUAGUGAUGUUAUGAGGCUUAACUUAAUUACUUGAUAAGUGUAACUUAUUAUUUGUGUGUUAUAUAUAAGAAUUUCAUUCUCUCUCAAUUAAGUAUAUAUCUCAAUUAAAUAUAUUAACCAAUUACCUAUAUAAUGAUAAAUUUGUGCAAAAAGCGAACUCGUCAUUAAAUUCAAUACAUAAAAUCUCAAACUGGAUAACCACAGUUUAUUUUUCUACUUAUAAAUUGACUAUUAGAAAAAAUAAAUUUACAUGCUAAAAAUUAUUUGCACAACGAAUCGUUAUUUAAAAGUCGAAUGAAUCAACACCAGCUAAAAUAAACCUUUGAAAGUGCAAAUAUUUACAUCCAUAAAAUUCACACAACCUAAUACUUGUUGUUGUUCAUUGACCAAAACGCGAUUAUUUAUGAAGUAAUAAUACUAAGAUGCGAGAAAGUAGCGUUUACAUUAUAGUAAAGAACUCGAUUUGUUAUUUAGAAAAAGUCGCAGCAGCUGUACUGGCUUUGACGACUCUUCUAUCAGUGAAAUGGUGCUAACUUAAAUUAAACAAAUAAUUUUUAGUUUGUAAAUAAGCUUGAUGUUAACAUGUCUCGUUUUUGAUUUUUUAUUAAAACGUUUUUAUUCUCUAAGUUUGUUAUUCGAGUUGUCGAAAGUGGCUCCAAUUCAAAAUAAAUCAGCAUUGACCCCAAAAUGAUCGCGAGAUUACACUAUAUUUAUUAAUGUAAAAUUUUAUGUGAUAUAUAAUAAAUGAAAUGAUUUUAAGGGUGAAUAGUUCGGUUUUUCUGGUACUGGCUUACAUAUAUAUAAUUUAAAUGAAAUAACAAUGAAAUAAAAAUGUAUACUAUUUUGAUGGUUGAGAGUGAUCUUGGAAUGUAAAUUUUGUCUUGUAAUAGUAUUAACUGCGUGAAAUUUGUUUUCACGUGUUCUAGGUACCAGAGAAAUAGUUUGUAUGGUAUUAUGUAAAGUUGUGAGGUGGAAUAUGUUCAAUACCCAGUCGCAAAUAAAAAGAUAAAUAAAUUAAUAAAUGAACAAA